UUGAUUGUCUGAAGUAUUAGGACUAGAGUAAGAAUUAAGGGUUUAUUCUCAUUGAAUAGAGUUAUCGGGUUGAAAUGUCAAUUUACAUAAUAUGUACAUACACUUUUCAAUUCACAUUAGUGACGGGAAUGUCACGAGCGGAGAGAGGAUUCGGUUUACUUUCUUGCUUCACAGCUCAAUAGUACCUUAAAUGUCACAGUAGCCACUAGCCAGGAGGCUAAGCAUCGCAAACUAUAUUAGGCCUACACUCUUAAUUAUUGGAACAGAACCAUAUCACACUCUUGAAUAAUACAACAAUUCACAAGCAUGUGCAGAAUGUUAAAGUAAUAUUUAUCUUCUGUACACUCAUUACAUUUUAGCUUCAAGACAAAAGCACAGAGUUACUACUAACUAAAGCUAACAAAAUGUCUUCAUUAAGUAAUAUUAGCCUAUCAAAAAUGAAUGAUUUAACCCUCUCAUAUUAAUAUAAAAGUACAGUAGGCCUACCUUACAACAUUACAACAAACCAUGCUACAUUUUUAUCAAGGGAUCGUAACUCAUAGCAGUCAUUACUCAUUAGCUACCAUGCAUGUGUCAGGGAAAGCGCCCGUUCUCACCUCUCACUGCUCGCAUGCUGAAUUAGACAGGGAAGAAGACGAGGACCGUUGUUUGUAGAUUUAGUUCAAAGAGCCCAUUCAGGGCACUUUCUUUUAGAUGUGAAGCUUGGGUUAUUGCCGGUUCAAAUCCAGACCACAGAUUUUUUUGAAAUGAUUGAGAAGAUGCAGGGCAACAGAAUGGACGAGCAGCGAUACACCUUUCCUCCCCCACUCAAAACUGAAGAGGACUACAUUCCUUACCCCAGUGUCCAUGAGGUGUUGAGGAGAAAGAGUGGGUUCCCCCUGAUUCUGCUGCCUCAGUUUGGGGGUUAUUGGAUCGAGGGGAACAACCAUGAGCUGAGUGACAGUGCUCAGCCAGACCAGAUCCAGCCCCUGUCCCCCACCACACACAAGCUGGAGAGGAACUCCACCGCCAAGAUCUACAGGAAGCACUUUCUGGGCAAGGAGCACUUGAAUUACUACUCAGUGGACGGAGCUCUGGGACAUCUGGUGUUCUCCAUGAAGUAUGACGAAAUCGGAGACCAGGAACACCUCCGACUCAUGCUCAGGACCAAGCUGGAGACAUACCAUGAUGUUAUCCCCAUAUCCUGUCUCACAGAGUUCCCUAACGUGGUGCAGAUGGCCAAGCUUGUCUGUGAAGAGGUAAAUGUGGAUCGUUUUUUCCCUGUCCUCUACCCAAAAGCUUCAAGACUCAUUGUCACUUUUGAUGAACAUGUUAUAAGCAACAACUUCAAGUUCGGAGUCAUCUAUCAGAAAUUUGGACAGACUUCAGAAGAAGAGCUGUUUGGGAACAGUGUUGAGAGUCCUGCCUUUGUUGAAUUCCUAGAGUUUCUGGGGGAGAAGGUCGAGCUGCAUGACUUUAAAGGGUUUCGUGGUGGGUUGGAUGUGACCCACAGGCAGACAGGCUCUGAGUCCGUCUACCACAACUACCGCAACAAGGAGGUCAUGUUUCAUGUGUCCACCAAGCUGCCUUACACUGAGGGGGACACACAACAGUUGCAGAGGAAGAGGCACAUAGGGAAUGACAUCGUGGCCAUAGUGUUCCAGGAGGAGAGCACACCCUUCGUACCAGAUAUGAUUGCCUCCAACUUCCUCCAUUCCUAUAUAGUGGUGCAGGUGGAGAACGCCUGCACUGACAAUGUACUGUACAAGGUGUCAGUAACAGCGAGAGAUGACGUACCGUUCUUUGGACCACCCCUGCCAGACCCGGCCAUCUUUAGAAAAGGUCCAGAAUUCCAGGAGUUCCUCUUCACGAAGCUCAUCAAUGCUGAGUAUGCCUGCUAUAAAGCUGAGAAAUUUGCCAAACUGAAGGAGCGUACACGGUCAGCUUUGCUGGAGACAUUGUAUGAGGAGUUGCACAUCAACAGCCAGGCCAUGAUGGGUCUGGGAAGAGACGAGGACAAGAUGGAGAACGGGUCCGGAGGAGGGGGCUUCUUUGAGACCUUUAAGCGAGUGAUCAGCAGCAGAAGCCAGUCUAUGGACACCAUGGGUCUCAAUUUCAAGAAGCCACACACUGUCUCCACUAGUCUCAGUGGCAACUUUACCCACAACCCACCUGAGAGCCCCAAAGGGAUAUCAUUGCUUGUCCCAGGGAAAAGUCCCAGUAAAUAUGGACGUCGAGGCAGUGCCAUAGGGAUAGGAGCAGUAGAAGAGUCUUUGAUCAUCCCUGGGAAGAGUCCAACCAGGAAGAAGUCUGGUCCAUUUAGCUCCAGACGCAGCAGUGCCAUCGGUAUUGAGAAUAUCCAGGAAGUCCACGAGAAAAUCAGCAGCCACAGCGGUAGGGAGUGUUUACCUGGCACACAGAAGAACCCUGACAAUGACCACGCCUCUCAGGACCCCAAGUCUGAGAACUCAUCCAAUCAGAGCUCACCAGAAGUGCUCACUACAAAGAACACUUUUGCUCUUUGUAACAACAGGGCUCAGUCUAUCCCUGAGGGUCAUGACCUUUCCCGCUCCUCCUCCAACGCCAGCAGCUUCGCCAGUGUGGUGGAGGAAAACGAGACAGAGGCCACGGAGGACUACGACACUGGCAUGGAGAGCCUGUCAUCAGCGGGGACGCCACAAAAGCAGGACUCGUUAACCUACAGCACAUGGCUGGAGGACAGUAUGAGCAGCACUAGCCGAGGCAGCUCGCCAGGUCCUGGUAAACUUGAUGGGGGUAAAGGGUCAGAUAUCCGCAUUAAACUGGACCGGCCACAAGAUAGUCAGUCCUCAUCGAACUGUUAGCCUGGUUAUUUCCUGGGUGUCCAUCUGCAGCAUUCCCAUAAGACACAAUCCUUCCGGGAGAUGAGACGAGCACAGGCUUUCGCCAUAACCAAUGACGACGAUGGGGAUGAGGAAGUGGACCCUGGAUAGUCUGCUGGUCAGUGAGGCCAGACCACCCCUUCCCAGAAGCCCCGGCGGUGGCGUGGGUGGUGGCGUGCCGUGCCAUGAGAGGAAGUCAUACACAGAGGGGCAAACUUUUGCACAGUGUCAUUUCGUUCUGCUCACUCCCUCGCCUCUCUGUCUCUACACACAUCUUCUGCCUGGUUUUGUGUAAAUAGGUUUGUCCCAGUGAACAAAUGGUACCUUUGGUUCAGUUUUGUUGAGGCCUACUGUAUGUAGACACGUGGAUCACACUGUAGCUACAGCGAUAUUGAACUCUGCCAGAGACUUUUGGAGGGGCAUGUUGGUAUAGUCAUAUGGAUUGUACAUUAUAGUGACAGUAGCACUGCCUGAAAAAAUCUAUUAAUUGAACCGAUUUAAUUUAAAAUACCAAUACCAAAUAUCCAACAACAAAUAUGUGUGCUUUUUAAUUAAAUGUCCAUUGGUUAUGUUGAAUACAGUUGAAUGUGUUAGUGAUUUUACAGGUAAAGUGAUUGUAAUUCGUCUAUUAGCCAUAGCUUUAACUGUACAGCCAAAAACAGUUGCUCUGACAGAGUGAAUAUUUUAUUCUCAAUAUACAAUAGCUGGGAUAUUGUCAUCACAAUAUACAAUGUACGUCAAGCCUCACCUGCUCAUACUGUAAAUUAAAAUCAAGAUAGAUAUGUAACAAGAAAGAAUGGACAUAGCCUUAUACCUUGCAAGUACAGUUUUUCUAUACCUUCAUUAUUCAUUUCUACCCUUAUCAACAUGGCCAGAAGCAGACAGUAAUUGGACAAUGCAUGGUUUCAGAUGACAUGAAUAUGGGGAAGUUCUGUUUUAUGUUCCACAUUGUUUUUGAACACAGAAUGCUCAUUGCUAACUGGUACCUAUUUAUUCUUGUGUACCAUAAUUAUAAGCUAACAGGCAAUUUUAGCUUUGUUCUUUCUGUCCACAGAAACAGCUCUCUGUUCUGUUGUGUAUCAAGCAGGUUACUGAGGUCAGGUAUGUAGAGAUGUGUUGAUGACUACACGGGUAAUUCAUAACUGUAUUGGAUAAUCUACUGUAUUAGUCCAUCCAAUCAGCUUGUCUGCCGAUCUACAGUAUUGCCAUCGGAACCAGCAAAGGAAAAUAUGUUUUUAUUUAUUUAUUUGGUGUUAUUUGGGGGUGAGAUGGGGCACCACCUAUUAUUCUACAGUAUAUUUCACUGUUUUAUUAAAAUGAUUAGGCUGUUGAUAGAUUGAUAAUGUACAGAGAUGAAUACUACAGUUUGUGCCUGUUAUAUAGAGUAUAGUCCUAUCCACUAUGGAACCUCAGUUGACACUCCACGCCGGAUCUACUGGAGCCCAACAAUGACAUUUCUUUAAGUGAAAAUCAUGAUUGUGUCAUACAGUUAGAUAUACAUUAUACAUACAACCCUGUUUAUUCUGUUGAGUACUGCCAAAUUAACACAUUGUGUGCCAUGUUUUUAUCACUGGUGACCUUAGCGUUCAAGUACAAUUUGAAAGUAAGUUUGAAAAUAAACAAAAACUAGCCCACAAUGUCUGCUCAAUAAAAGGUAAAAACUAUAAAGUGACUUGUGGUUGCCUUAUGUGUGAGGAAAGGCAACAUAGAACAACAAAGGUUGAAUGUAGAACAGACAUUGAUUGAACAGAUACUGUAUAUGUCUAUCUAACUAAAAUUGCCCUGAUAGCUUUUAUAUUAAAUUGCCUUUUGGAUAUUAUUUCAUUCUUAUAUCUUUACUUUGUGAAUAAAGCUACACGUUCACCUCUUGCCCUAGAUCCCUGUUUAGAGAUGACUUAAAGAAAGAUGCCAUUCAUCCUUUGGUAUUUCCUCCCAGGGUUUAUCCCAGCUACAACAUCAUAACACUUGUGGCAGUUAAACAAUAAAACGUGUGUAGCCUACUGUAUACCUCUGUCAUUUUCUCUGUACUGAAUGAAACCAUUGAAGGAAUGUUCUAUAAAUAAGUUAUUUGAUGUGGCUAACCACCACCAGUCUCUAAAAGUGGAGCACUCUAGAAGUGGAGGCUACUCUACUCCUCUGCUCUUACAUGCUGUAACUGUGCCACAUGGACCAGAGCAGCAUAAUAAUUAAUGUUCGUUCAAAUCGCCACAGGGUUUUUUAUUUCAGCUGUUCAGAAAGAUAGGAUUCAUCAUCAUGGUUCAGAAGAGGGUGAGUAGAGAGGAACGUAAAUGGAGGUGGAGUGUGAACAAAAUAACAUGCGCAGAACGUGAUUCGGAUCCUUAGCUUUGAGAAAAAGGUUUCCAUAGAGGCAGUGGGUGUACGGAAACUCCGUAUUCGUAGCCAUAUUAUUGAGUCAGUAUCUCAUCACUAUCAAGUGGGCGAGAAAUGGUAUCAAUGUGUGAAAAUUACUUAGACAGAUGCAUUUGUUUAUUUUAUCAACGAUAUACUGGUACUACUCACAACAUCUAACGUUCCCUAUGUCUUUAUGUUAGGCUAUACUCUUUAGUCUUUACAUUAGUCCAGUGUGGACGAAAAGCUACAUUUCCAAUAUCACAAAAGAGAGCUGGUGCCCUCUAGUGGUGUACACUUACAUGUGCAUAUUAUUGUUUUAUUUCAGUUGCUGUGCGUAUGUGAUAGUCACAUUGGAGAUUGGGAUCUAGUAAAGCACUUUGCCGCACUGCCGAAUCAGGAAACUGGAAUUUAAAUUAUACAUUAUUUAGAAAAUGUGUGAAAACUGCUUCAGUGUGAUCUAUUCAAAUGAUUGUAUUUGUGUUAUGUUUUAAUAGUGCAUUCUUGUAAGAAAUUAUCUUGUAAAUAUGUUUUCCCCCUCAUUUGUAAAUAUAGCCAAAAUAUGAAAUAAAGAGCCUGGAUUCGU